CGUGUUUGCACACUUGUCUUGCCAACAAUUUCAGCCAGCCAUGUACCUACAAUGGAGGACCCCGCACCUCCACCCAGAGCGCCGCGUCAACAUGAAGUCCUGCCUCUUCACCGACGCAAGGGAUUCGGGGCCUGAGCUGCUGGAAUGCCAGGUGCGUGGGUGGCGCACGACUGUGGUUACGGACCGCCACGCCCUGGCUGCGCACGAGUUUUGGCACCGGAAGACCGGCGGCUGCUGGAUGGACCCACAGUGGCUGGAGGAUGGCACCAGGUACAGCUCCUCUGGGCGCCUGCUGGCGGUGUGCGCUGUGCCGGAAGCCCGAGACGAGUUGGCGCAGAAGCGGGUGCGCAUUCGAUUUGCUGCCGCAGAUCAGGUGGCAGUCGUGGACUUUGCUGUGGAGGAGCUGAGCAACACGGAGUUUGAGGUCCGCGUUCUGGAGGAGGCCAGAGGCCGCCGAGCCUUGCCAGAUCGACUUGAAGACAAGGUGUACUUGUCGCCUACGGAGUACGCAUCACUGCGGGAGUCGCUGGUGGGCAGCCCUGCAGCAGUCGGCAGGGUACGGACGCUUGACAUCGUGGGUGGCUGGCCUGCAGCCGACAUGAGGCAGUGCGCCAGGCAUGAGCUCAGCUUCCAGGAGCGCGAGCGCAAAGAGAUCCAAGUCAGGAACAUCCUGGCGCGCCAAGCGCGCCAAGCGCGCCGGGUGUGAAGUGGCCAAAGAGCCUCCAGGCUGUGCUCUGCAAGGUUUGAAGCUCGUGGGAACUGGUCUUGCGCAAGAAAGCGGGGACUACCAAGCUGGUGUUGCAU